AUGGAUUCUGUAAUUGACUUGUCCGACCCCUCCAAGGCGCUUGACCUUUCGCGCAUCCGCUUCCAAUUGAUCCGGUUGGAGGACACUAUCACGUUUCAUCUGAUAGAACGGGUCCAGUUCCCUCUGAACCAUAACAUUUACAUCCCCGGCGCAGUGCCCAUUCCGAAUAGCGAUCUAAGCUUGAUGGACUGGUAUCUGCAGGAACAAGAGAAGCUACAAUCUCUCAUCCGGCGCUUCGAGUCUCCAGAUGAAUACCCCUUCUUCCCAGACUCUCUCAACAAAUCAAUCCUACAGCCUUUGGCUUACCCAAAGAUCCUACACAAGAACGAUGUCAAUGUAAACGACAAAAUCAAGAAGUUCUACAUCGAGCAGUUCCUGCCCGCAGUCUGCCCGACCUUUGGCCGUGAAGAUCGCGGUGUCUCACAGGAGAACUACGGCUCAGCUGCGACCUGCGACAUAGCAUGUUUGCAGGCUCUGUCAAGGAGGAUUCACUUCGGAAAGUUCGUGGCGGAGUCAAAAUUCCAGUCUGAUCCGGAGCUCUACACACGGCUCAUCAAAGCGGAGGACCGCGAAGCUAUUGGAGAGGCGAUCGUGAACAAGGCAGUUGAGAAGAAGGUACUGGAGCGAUUGAAGCUCAAGGCACAAACAUACGGAACGGAUCCCUCUGCCGGUGUGGAUUCAGGAGACCAAAGCAAAAUUAACGUGGAUGCGGUUGUGUCUAUGUACGAAAACUUCGUCAUUCCUCUAACUAAAGAUGUUGAGGUGGAGUACCUGAUGCAAAGACUCGAGGCUGACAAUUAG